UUCAAUGCGGUGGCGUUGCGUUAUUGAAAGACCACAAAGAGAAAAGACAGGCCCUGUCGGAGAAAACAGGUCACCGGUGAUUUCCUGUUGUUCAUCGUUAUCCAAUCCUCCGCACAAAGAUUCUCAAAUCCAACACCUAAGAUCCGUCGACCAAAAAAUCCGGCAAGAAAAUGUUGGAUUCUAUCGAGUUCUUUGGUGGUUCUUGCCUGCGGAGACCUCAAAAUCUCGCCUUGACAUCGGCUCGUAUCACGAACGUUGCCGCUAAGCCCCUGGCUAUUCUGGGAUUUCCUGGUUUGAACUCCGGGAAGAGCAGGGGUCUCUUCUGCAGAGCCCUCGACGGGAAGGCGGUGGAAGGGGAGGUGUUCUCGGUGACGUCGUCGAGCAAGUCGGAUGUGGAUUACCUCGGUGAGAGCACCAAAGGGGAUUUGAAUGUCAAGCAGGAGCACCUGGAGGCAUUCGGGUUGGAUGGUCAGGCAGCCCUUGAUGGUCCGAUUGAAGAGAUAGCCAGGAUAGAAGCCAAAUCAGCAGAGACAUUACUUACCGAGUUGGGAAUUGCGGAUCCUUUUUCAUUAAGACAUUCUCCUCGUGGUAUAUUCUGUAGCAGGACUCUAAAUCUCCGGUCAAUCAGUGCCAUUGGUUAUGACAUGGACUAUACAUUGGUACACUAUAAUGUAAUGGCUUGGGAAGGGCGAGCAUAUGAUUAUGGAAUGGCCAACCUUAGGAGCAUGGGUUUUCCAGUAGAUGGUCUUGAGUUUGAACCCGAUUUGGUCAUAAGAGGUCUUGUCAUGGACAAAGAAAGAGGAAACUUAGUUAAGGCUGAUCGAUUUGGAUAUGUGAAGAGGGCCAUGCAUGGUACCAAAAUGCUUUCUACUCGAGCUGUUAGUGAGAUUUAUGGGAGAGAACUGGUUGAUCUGCGAAAGGAAGGUCAAUGGGAGUUCCUUAACACCCUUUUCUCUGUUUCAGAAGCUGUGAUGUUCAUGCAGAUGGUUGACAGAUUGGAUGAAGGAGCAGUGCCAGCAGAACUUGGGCCACUUGAUUAUAAGGGACUCUUCAAGGCAACAUACUGCAGCUUAUCUAACUAUGAUGGGUAUCAAUUCUAUCAUUCUAAAAUGGUGCUUUUUUUUUCUCAGGCUGUCUCAAAAGCGCUUUUCAGAGCACAUGUUGAAGGUCAACUUAAGAGUGAGAUAAUGGCUGAACCAGAACGAUUUGUAGAGCCUGAUCCGGAACUACCUUUGGCUCUGUUAGAUCAAAAGGAGGCUGGUAAGCGAUUGCUAUUGAUUACUAACUCCGAUUACCAUUACACAAAUAAAAUGAUGCAUCAUGCCUUCAAUAAAUUUCUUCCAAAUGACAAGGGAUGGCGAGAUCUUUUUGACAUGGUCAUAGUCUCUGCCAGGAAGCCAGAGUUUUUCCAAAUGUCACAUCCACUGUAUGAGGUUGUCACAAGUGAUGGAUUGAUGCGCCCAUGUUUUAAAGCACGUUCAGGGGGGCUGUACUCUGGUGGGAGUGCUCAGAUGGUAGAGAAAUCCCUUGAUGUUCAUGGUGAUGAAAUCUUAUAUGUUGGUGACCAUAUAUUCACAGAUGUAAGCCAAUCCAAAGUUCAUUUGCGAUGGCGGACAGCAUUGAUUUGUCGUGAAUUGGAAGAUGAGUUUAAUGCACUGAUCCAUAGUCGAAGCCACAGAGCAGCACUAAUAAAGCUUAUACAACAAAAGGAAGUUGUAGGAGAUUUAUUUAAUCAGCUACGUCUUUCCCUACAACGACGAACUAAAGGCCGCCCAGCUCAGACUCUGGCUGCAACUAAUAUGGAUGACCAAGAACUAACAGAAAGCAUGCAAAAGCUGCUCAUUGUUAUGCAAAGAUUAGACCAGAAAAUUGCACCAAUGUUAGAAGCAGAUGGGGAACUCUUCAAUAGAAGAUGGGGUUAUCUCUCACGUGCUGGAUUGUGGGAUAAAAGCCACCUUACUAGACAAAUUGAAAAGUAUGCUGAUAUAUAUACAUCAAGGGUUUCAAAUUUCCUACAUUAUACACCAUUCAUGUACUUCCGUUCACAAGAACAGACGCUUGCACAUGAUUCACACUCAUAUUCUUCUAGAGACAUUAAUGGAGUUGCAGUUGAUGACAUGCAGUAAUCUCCUUUGUUGUAAGUUACUUAUUUUCCAUUAUAUAAUGAUGAUAUAAAGUUGGAGCAAAAUCUAACCAGUCUGUAACAGCAAGAGAUGUAAAAACUUCAUAAUGAUGAUAUAUAAAGUCAAGAUGUAAAAACUAAUCUUCUUCUUCUUUAUCAUCAUCAUCUUCUUCUUGUC